ACGAAAGUCAACUCUUAUUAGAAAUACAAUCGUAGCAGCAUAGCAUAAGUGGUCAACAAGUUUUUGAAACAUUUAUAAACUUGAUCCAUAUGUUAGUGUUUUUCAUAAUCAGAGAAAUUAAAGAUGAGUGAUGAAGAUGAUAGUAGUAUGAUGAUAAAGAAAAGCUACUUUGAAGUGUUGGGACUUUGCUGUGCAUCAGAAAUUUCACUGAUUGAGAAAAUUGUUGAGCCUCUUAAUGGAGUCAAACACAUUUCUGUCAUCGUCCCAACCAAAACACUCAUUGUUUUCCAUGAUUCCCUUCUCCUUUCCGAUUCUCAGAUUGUCGAAGCCUUGAACAAGGCAAGGUUGGAAGCUACUGUUAAACCGAAAGGAAAUGAAAAAUACUUAAAGAAGAAAUGGCCAGCCCCAUCGGUCAUGGCAUGUGGAUUAUUACUUGCUAUGUCGUUUUUGAAGUCUGUAUAUCAACCCUUGGAGUGGUUGGCCCUUGGCUCUGUUCUCAUUGGUGCUCCCUCCAUUAUUAUCAGAAGUUUUACGUCCAUUUGGAACCUCACACUUAAUAUAAACAUUCUUGUUCUAUUGGCAGUGGUAGGUACUCUUGCUUUACAAGAUUAUUGGGAAGCUGGAACAAUUGUCUUUCUGUUCUCCAUUGCUCAGUGGCUUGAAUCAAAAGCCAGUCACGAGGCUAUGGCUGCCAUGGAAGUUUUAACAAGCAUGGCUCCUCAGAAAGCUACAAUAGCUAAAGCAGGAGAGCAAGUUGACGUCAAUGCCGUUAAGUUGAACACUAUCCUAGCAGUCAAGGCUGGUGAGGCAAUUCCAAUUGAUGGAAUCGUUGUUGAAGGAAAAUGUGAAGUUGAUGAGAAAUUGAUGACUGGUGAGUCCUUUCCAGUUACCAAAGAACUGGAUUCUACUGUUUGGGCAGGCACCAUAAAUCUAAACGGCUAUGUUAGUGUGAAAACUACUGCCUUGGCCAAAGACUCUGUGGUGGCAAGAAUGACGAAGCUUGUCGAAGAGGCACUUAAAAAAAAGUCACGAGCAGAAAGAUUUAUAGACGAGUGUGCAAAGUACUAUAUUCCAAUUGUUAUGAUAAUAUCAGCCGGUUUUGCUGUUGUUCCAGCUGCACUAAGAGUCCCAGAUUUAGAGUACUGGUUUCACUUGGCUCUGGUUGUUCUUGUAAGUACAUGUCCAUGUGCACUUGUCAUCUCCACACCUGUGACAAUUUUCUGUGCACUUUCAAAAGCCGCCACGACUGGACUUCUAAUCAAAGGUGGAGAUUAUCUUGAACUUCUUGCAAAGAUCAACACAGUAGCUUUCGAUAAAACUGGGACACUAACAAGGGGUGAGUUUAUGGUGAUCGAUUUUCAGUCUAUAAGUGAUGAAAUCAGCCUCAAUACAUUGCUUUGUUGGGUUUCUAGCAUUGAGAGUAAAUCAAGUCACCCAAUGGCAGCUGCACUAGUUGGUUAUGGAAGUUUACACUCCAUAGAAUCAAAACCCGAAAAUGUGGACAACUUUCAAACCUUUCCAGGGGAAGGAGUCUUUGGGAAAAUUGACGGAAAAGAUAUCUACAUAGGAAACUGGAGAAUUGGUCUAAGAGCUGGUUGCCAAAGAACUUCAUUGGAUGCUAUCCAACAAACAAGUGGAAAAACAAAUGGCUACAUAUUCUGUGGAGCAACUCUGGUUGGAAGAUUUGGUCUCUCCGAUACAUGUCGAUCUGGGGCCGCAGAGGCCAUUGAAGAGCUGAAGGAACUAGGCAUUAGACCUGUCAUGCUUACAGGGGAUAGUAAUGCAGCAGCCAUGCUUGCAUGGGAUCAGUUGGACCGGUCUCUAGACAUCAUCCAUGCUGAACUUCUGCCUGAGGAGAAAGCAAAAUUCAUCCAAGAGUUUAAAAAGGAUGGGCCUACAGCAAUGAUAGGAGAUGGAAUAAACGAUGCUCUUGCACUGGCUAUGGCUGAUAUUGGCAUAUCUAUGGGAAUUUCUGGUUCAACAUUAGCUAUGGAGACAGGAGAUAUAGUUCUCAUGUCAAAUGACAUCCGGAAGAUUCCAAUUGCCAUUCGUCUUGCAAAAAGAACCUUCAGAAAGCUGAUUGAGAAUGUCCUUAUCUCCAUUACUACCAAAAGUAUUAUACUAGUAUUAGCAUUUGCAGGCUAUCCUCUUGUUUGGGCAGCUGUUCUAACUGAUGUUGGGACAUGCUUAGUUGUAAUUCUUAAUAGUAUGCUACUUCUGAAAGACACCCCAAACCGUGAUGGAGGCCUUACCAGGUCUGAGUAUGGGACUUUCUCUUCGCUGUCAUGUAAAAACAAUGAAAGGGAAAGUCGCUUGAAGAAUAAUAGAGGAUAUGGGCUCCUAGAGACAAAGGAUUGUAACAGCGAAUGCUGCAACAAAACCACACUUGAGGUGAAAACCUUAGACCCGAUUUGCAGGCAAGGUGAAAGCAGCAAACAGGUUUGCAGAGCAAAGAAAUGCACUGAUAAAAGUAGUGACAAGGUCAUAAACGUUGGAAGCUCAAACAAGUCAUAUUCGGAACAAAAUACUUGCCAGAAAAAUGACAGUCAAUGCUGCUCUAAGUCUGAUAUACAAAUUUGCUGCAAGGAAAAGGAUACGGUUAGAAUGAUAAACAGAAGUUCACAAUGUUGCCAGAAAACUGAUGGGGCUCCUGAUGAGUUGAACUAUUGUGAAGCCAUUGAUAUUGCAUGGGGUACUAACUUUGUGGAAGCGAAAGUAACUGAUGCCUAUAAAAGAUCAAAGAAGAUGGAAACUGAUGAUUGCUGCAAGCAGAUGGAGAACCAAUGUUUUAGUAAACGUGACCAAUUUGGGACUGGUGUUGCAGCCAGCAUAUCAGAAAUUAAUCCGAAGAGUACAAAGAUUGGAGGGUGCUGUAAGCAAUCCAGGGAGCGGUGUUGUGUUAAAUAUGAACACGGGACUAGUUCUGGUGGUGGAAACUUGUUAGACAUUGUCAUUGAGUAG